CCGACCGACAUUGCAAAUGGCCGUUUGCCUUGUGAAUUCAGUGUGAAAAUAUACUCAAAUUUAGGAAUCAAAUUCGUCAAUAAAGGUAGAUUUGACCGAUUUUUGUGCUCUUGUUUUCAAUUCAGUGAGGUACCGAUUCAACAAAAUGCUGUACUUGGAAGAUUACCUCGAGAUGAUCGAACACCUGCCCCAAGAGUUGAGGGAUAGGUUCACGGAGAUGAGGGAGCUGGACUUGACAGUACAAAAUAACAUGGAUGAAUUGGAGAAACGAGUCAAGGUUUUUUUUAAUGAUUGUAAACGGUGUCCUGGGGAGCUGCCACCCACAAUAAAGGCGGAAUUUGAUUCAAUAGGGAAAGAAUACAAGAAGACGUUAGAAGAUGCAGAUGAAAAGGUUCACUUAGCGAAUCAGAUGUACGAAUUGGUUGAUAAGUAUUUACGUCGCCUGGACACUGAACUGCACAAAUUUAAAUGCGAACUAGAGGCCGACAAUAAAGGUAUAACGGAAGUUUUAGAAAAACGGUCACUGGAGUUAGAUACUCCCGUUAAUUCAACCAAUAUGACGUCACAGCAACAGAAAGAAAAUAGAUAUGAAAGUUCCAGUAGUUUUCGAUACAGACAAAGAAGCGAGAAGCGUCGCGACAGCAGCAACUCGCUGCAGCCGGCGUUCUCCGAAAAACGACAAGCGGUGGCUCCGAUUCCGCUGGUCGAAACACGCCACAGCGCCAUAGGACAGUCCACGCCGCCAGCCCAAUCCAACGUCACGUACAAUCUAGGACACAUCGGCGCGGGGCCGGCGAUCGCCGCCGCCGCCUCGCAAGCCAUCGCGGCCACGCAACAAAUGCAGCAGGGUAGAAGGACGGCUAGUCUUAAAGCUUCGUAUGAGGCGAUAAACACGGGUAGUCACGGGCACGAGUUCAGUAUCGGGAGAGAGUUGGCCGGGGCGGCGCAAACUGCCAUCCAGGCGAUCCAACAGGACCACACCAACAACAAGAAAAAACAAAAGAAAUGGGCUAGCAGUAACUCGAAUACCACGUCGGCUUCGACGAUGCAGGCGAUGUUGAACGCCCCCUUGUCGGCCGCCGCCCCCGAGUCGCCGUCCAUUGACGUGUCGUCUCAGAGUGCGGAAGUGACCGACGGCGAGUGGACGUAUGACCCGAACGAACCGAGAUACUGUCUGUGUAAUCAAGUGUCCUAUGGCGACAUGGUGGCUUGUGAUAACGAAGAUUGUCCGACGGAGUGGUUUCAUUAUCCUUGUGUUGGUAUCACUGCGCCGCCGAAAGGAAAGUGGUAUUGUCCUCAGUGUUUAGCGUCUAUGAAACGUAGAGGGGGAAGGAAAAAUUGAGUCAGAUGAGGAUAAGUUAGCUUAAGUACUACUAUGAGACAAAUGUAUGAAAACAUGAAAUUUGAUGUUGAAGAACGAGGAGACUAAAUAACUAAAUGUAAUUGCCAGAAUAUAGUGGAGAAAAAGAGUCAUUUUUCAUGGAUCAUAUUUUUUAUACUGCAUGAAUCAAUUUUGGUCUGUUAUGUCGCUGCGACGCGUUGUAGUUUCAGUCAGGACUUGAUAACACGAAUUGGAAUUUAAUGCAGGCUAGGUUAUAAAGCAGGAUGGACAAAGCAAACGGAAACAACUAGUUUGAAGUGAUUUAUAUAAAUGAAUUUACUUGUAUGUUCUGAACUGUCAUAAGAACAAAAAUCUGUAUAAAUAUACCAAAAUAUAUCUCCCAAAAA